CUCCUCGAAGGAUUCGACGUUUCAAUCGGUCUGUGCUCAAUGAAUAUUGUCAUUUCAUCAUUUGUCACAGAUCCAGGAGUUCCCUUGUGCUGCAAAACCCUAAUUAUUCUUUCAAGGUCGCUUCCGCUUUGACCCUGCAAGGAUAUCAUGGGAGUGCCAGCGUUCUACAGAUGGCUCGCCGAUCGAUACCCUCUAUCAAUUGCCGAUGUAAUCGAAGAAGAACCUUCGGAGGGCGUGAAUGGCGUCCUUUUACCUAUCGACGUCUCUAAGCCAAAUCCGAACAACAUGGAAUUCGAUAACCUUUACUUAGACAUGAAUGGGAUUAUUCAUCCUUGUUUUCACCCUGAAGGCAAGCUUGCUCCUGCCACCUAUGAUGAUGUAUUUAAAUCAAUAUUUGAUUACAUUGAUCAUCUAUUUUCAUUGGUCCGCCCAAGAAAGCUGCUUUACAUGGCAAUAGAUGGAGUUGCACCAAGAGCUAAAAUGAAUCAGCAGCGUACACGGCGCUUCAGAGCUGCAAAAGAUGCUGCUGAGGCUGAAGCUGAAGAGGAAAGACUGAGGAAGGAGUUUGAAGCUGGGGGGAGAAUUCUGAGUCCUAAGGAGAAGGCUGAAACAUCAGACUCAAAUGUCAUUACUCCAGGCACUCAAUUUAUGGCUGUGUUGUCUGUAGCUCUUCAAUAUUACAUUCAGUGUAGGAUGAACCACAACGCUGGUUGGAGUUUCAUUAAGGUUAUUCUCUCUGAUUCAAACGUUCCUGGUGAGGGUGAACACAAAAUCAUGUCCUACAUCCGGUUACAACGUAACCUUCCUGGUUUUAAUCCAAACACGCGGCAUUGUCUAUAUGGUUUGGAUGCAGAUCUGAUCAUGCUGUCUUUAGCUACUCAUGAGGUUCACUUCUCAAUUUUGAGAGAGGUGAUCUCCCUGCCAGGACAACAGGAGAAAUGCUUUAUAUGUGGUCAAGUCGGUCAUCUGGCUGCUGAGUGCCGUGGACAAGGUGCAGAUUUAAAUGAGAAGGCAAUAAAUGACACCCCAAUUCACAAAAAGAAAUAUCAGUUCCUCAAUAUCUGGGUGUUGCGAGAAUAUUUACAGUAUGAUUUAGAGAUUCCCAACCCUCCAUUUGAGUUAAACUUUGAACGAGUAGUGGAUGAUUUUGUUUUUCUCUGUUUCUUUGUCGGCAAUGACUUUCUUCCACACAUGCCAACAUUGGAAAUCCGUGAGGGUGCCAUUAAUCUACUGAUGUCUGUCUACAAAAAAGAGUUUCAUGCUAUGGGUGGUUAUCUUACAGACGCGGGUGAGGUCUUAUUGGAAAGGGUGGAACAUUUUAUUCAAUCAGCUGCAGUAUACGAGGACCAAAUCUUUCAGAAGCGAGCUCGUAUUCAAAAGGCACAUGAGAAUAAUGAAGAGAUGAAGCUUAAAAUGAGAAGAGAGAAUUCCGAGGAGCCUCAGAUGUUGGCUGUGGAUAAGGUGAAACUAGGGGAGCCAGGUUACAAAGAGAGAUACUAUGUUGAGAAAUUUGAAAUAUCAGACCCAAAGAAAAUUGAUGAAGUUAAAAAAGAUGUUGUCUUGAAGUACGUGGAAGGUCUAUGCUGGGUCAUGCGGUAUUACUACCAAGGUGUCUGCUCUUGGCUAUGGUACUAUCCAUACCACUAUGCUCCUUUUGCUUCUGAUCUUAAAGAUUUGGCAGAUCUAGAGAUCACAUUUUUCCGGGGAGAACCAUUUAAACCCUUUGAUCAGCUUAUGGGAACAUUACCAGCUGCAAGUUCCAAUUCUCUGCCUGAACAUUUCAGGGCAUUGAUGACUGACCCUUCAUCACCAAUUAGUUCCUUCUAUCCUGCCGAUUUUGAGAUUGACAUGAAUGGUAAACGCUUUGCAUGGCAGGGCGUUGCAAAGCUGCAGUUCAUCGAUGAGAGAAAGUUGCUUGCUGCAACAAAGAAGCUUGAGGAAACUUUGACGGAAGAAGAAAAGGCUCGAAAUAGAAUUAUGUAUGAUUUGCUAUAUGUCUAUGAGAGCCAUCCUUUAGCAAGGCGUAUCCUUCCAUGCUACGUAUUCUGUUAUCAGUCAGCUCCUUCAGAAAUAUUCCCCGCCUAUCAAAUUGACACAGAUAUAAGCGGCGGAAUGAAUGGCUACAUUUGGUUAUGUGAAAGAAAUGGGUAUAAGAGAGUAGUUCCUUCCCCAGUCAAGGGGUUGCCAAACAUUGAAAACAAUCGUGUCCUCAAUGCUACUUAUCUUAAUCCUCAACCCCAUAAUCACAUUCCAGAACCUCCGGAAGGUGUAAAAAUGCCCAAAAAGAUUAUAAAACCUUACGACGUAAAACCAUUCCCCGUGUUAUGGCAUGAAGACAACAGUGGACGGCGUUCACAAUUCAGAGAGAGGCCACUUGUACCACGGGCUAUAUCUGGACCCCUUUUGGGAGAAGCAGCUCAUCGGCUGCUUAAAAACACACUUCAAAUCAAAGCUAACACCGCGACUUCCUCUGCAUUGUUGGAUGCCCCACUUAAGAGGAAUUUUCAUAACCAGAUGGUCAAUAGGCCUUGGCCAGCUAGACCUUCUGGAUAUGAAAGAGGAUUUCCUCAGGACCUGAAUUAUUACAAUGCACAUUACAACCCUCCUCGAGGCACCAUUACUAGCUCAAGAACAGGCCCAAAUUUCCAUGAGAUGCAAGGCAACAGACAGAAUUUUAGGGCACAAGAUGGGCAAUCGUAUCAAGAACAGUAUAACUUGAAUACAGGGCUGGCUGCCGUGACGAUUGAAGAAGGGGUGAGAUCUUGGCCACAUAAUGGGGUGCAAAAUGCUGAAUAUUCACCAAACCUACACCAGUCAACUGAUUGGAAUUUGGGGUCCCCACCAUUGCCACCGACCAAUUGGAUUGACAGGCAACGACCUAGAAAUUAAGGCUUCUAUUCUAGACAACAGGAAACUGUCUCCAAUGGUGAGAAGCAGAUGAAGCAGGUUUAUCAAGUGAGACGCGAGCAACCCAGGAAAUGCCAAAUCCUGGGAAUGACCGGUGAUUUUUGGUGCUCUAAUGGAUACUUUUUCUUUAUUUUUUAUUCUAGGUUCUUGCAUGACAAGUGUAACAUAGGGCAAGUGGACUAUAUUUAGAAAAUAUGAUGGUGGAAAGAUUACCUUCGGAAAGAAUCCCAGAUUUUUUUAUUUUUUUUUU